GUAAUGGUAGGCCCCAUGGAACAAGACAAACCGGGUCGGGCGCCUCGUAGUACCCAAAGGUCGAACCGGUUGGGCGUCUCUAGUACGCAAACUAGGAUCCACAGCUCUGGAUUGGCCCAAUUUACCUCUCAAGGAGUGAGUACUUGGGAAGACCCUGCUCCAUUCUACUAAAGUCUGCCCGUCGAGGUUAAGGACUUGAUUCUUGAGGCUGCCUCAAACCCCGAAACGCCGACCAUGCGUUUUGUCUCACUCAGACAAGCGGUAUUAGUUCACGAGAGCGACGCCUGCGAAAGGAUCCCCCCGAUUCCCGGAUGCCUGUGUUACCGUGAGCGGCCUAACUACAUCACGUUUUGGCCUCUUUGCCGGCAGUUCCUCAUGGGCUCGGCGGAAUGGAGGGCCUUGUGUCGUACCACGAACCCGAGACCGCCUAGGGAUGUAAUCGCGGCCACGAAUCGCCAGGGCCGGGAAGUCGUGAGGCGAAAUCGGCGUCUGGAUCCCUUUCCGCAAAAACAGGGUGAUUGGAGCUUGACACAAGUUGUGCCCAAAGAGGGGAUGCUCGCCCACGAGCUUGGCGACCCGUACAAUUGCAAAUUGGGUGAUCUGAUCUUUGUCCACAUCCCAACCACCUACAGUACUGGGCCGUUCUUGUAUGCCUUCAAUGGCGCCAUUCAUCAGCAGGUUACAUGGGAUCCCCUACUUGAGCAGCUCACUUCGGUUGCCAUGAACAUGGUAAACUGGGAACAGAUGAGCUACGAUGACGGCCUGAAGACGAUCUACCGCCGCAUGACUCUCGGACACACCUGGCAGCUGGAGGCUCAACAGGGGACGCGCAACCUCCUCAAUGGCCAGAUGCCGAACGACUGGCCUCCUCCAGCCAUUGCUGGCGGCAAAGUCUGGUACCCGGACAUUCCUCAAUGCCACAUCCGUGGGCCGGCCCACCUCCCCCGCCCUCUGACAAUCUAUUCCAACCGCCAGCCCGACUGGGUGCAGAACAUCCGGCUCCUCACGGACGUGUUCGUGGCACUCCAGGAGCUCUAUCUCGUCGACUUUGACGGCUUCGACACGGGAGACGAUGCCCUGCGCGAGAAGAUGCACCGCUACCUCGACACGCCCCUCGACGGUUCCCCCUGCGGCCGUUGCGAGCGGAGACAUCCCGGUAGGCCCAAGACCUGGGGCGGUCUGGAAGAGAUAGAGUUCGCCGAGGUGCGGCUAUGUCAAUGUGCCGCGCCGGGGCUGGAAAUUGGUCUCGGUGCGUUCGAUACCCAUCGUUUCUUCGCCGCCCAUUAGUGGCCAUCGACGGAUGCCAACGGGAGAAUGUGGACGAGGCCCAUGCCGCAGUUCAAACUGGUUGUGCCUAUUCUGCGACGGUGGUAGGUGAUACUAGAAUAUGCCGGGGGGGGUUAUAACGAGGUAGGUCGGUGGUUGGAAUGAUAUUGCAAGUCAAUAUUCCCAAAGUUUUCCUUGAAAGUCGAGUCAGC